AAGGGGAGGAGCAAGCAGAGCAGCACAGCAGAGCAGCGUACUACUAGACACUUGCGCCUGGAAAGCGAAGACACAGCGCGCGCUCCGUGGACGCGCUCGAACGUCACGCCGUGAUAUUCGAAUUAUUAACCUUGAGUUGAUUGCUGUGUAAUAUUUCCACAAAGAACGUUUACUUGAGUUCGCAUUUAUUUUAAAGUCGCGUCGAUUUUUGGUAUAUAUGGGUAUAUAGGCUAAUCUGCAUUGCGCUCUUGGAGAACAGUUCUUGAACUGUUGUUAUGGUAUGGAGGGGCACUACAAUGUAAUGUAAUGGACUAUAUUAUGCGCUGCAGUUCUAAUGUUAACUACACAUAUAUCUAAUACAAUGCCAAAGGCUGAGGUUGACAUGGCAGGUCUUGGCUUCCCGAGUUUGCCGGCGGGUUUUGACGCGGACUCGUUCUUCCCCGCGCGCCUGCCGCCGAGACGGAGGAGACACUCGGCGAACUCCAGGAGAAAUGCCUACAGGUUUAACAAACUCCACACCAUGGACGUCGAGCCCAAGGAGAGCUCUCUCGCACCUCUGACAAAAACUCUUUCGUGGUCGGCCGACAACAUUUUAUCGGAAGGUGCGAACGAGGAGAAAAAGACGGACUCUUCUACUCCAGUGUCACCUGUCUCCAGCUCUCCGCCUGAGACGCGAGACUCGGAGACGGCUGAUACCUGGGUCACCGAGGAGCCCAGCGCGCAGGAGGCUGAUGCCAGCUCGGACUCGGAUGAAGAAAGCACCCAGAAGAAAGUGGUUUUGUCUAGAGCCCCGUUUGAGCGCAAACGCGAGCAGGAGGAAAAGGACGAGGUUGAGACUAAAGCUGUGGCGACUUCACCUGACGGAAGGUUUCUGAAAUUCAACAUUGAGAUCGGAAGGGGGUCCUUUAAGACAGUCUACAAAGGCUUGGAUACGGAGACCACCGUGGAAGUCGCUUGGUGUGAACUACAGACCCGAAGGCUGACGAAAGUGGAACGGCAGCGGUUCAGUGAAGAGGUGGAGAUGCUGAAGUGCCUGCAGCAUCCAAACAUCGUCCGUUUCUAUGACUCCUGGAAGUCCACCAUGAAAGGACAGAAGUGCAUCAUCCUUGUGACGGAGCUCAUGACGUCAGGGACACUGAAGACGUACCUGAAAAGGUUCAAAGAGAUGAAGCUGAAGCUCCUCCAGCGUUGGAGUCAUCAGAUCCUGAAGGGCCUUCACUUCCUGCACACCCGAACACCUCCCAUAAUCCACCGAGACCUUAAAUGUGACAACAUCUUCAUCACUGGCCCCACUGGAUCUGUUAAGAUUGGCGAUUUGGGCCUAGCAACUCUCAAGAGUGCCUCAUUUGCCAAGAGUGUCAUUGGAACACCAGAGUUUAUGGCUCCAGAGAUGUAUGAGGAGAAAUAUGAUGAAGCUGUUGAUGUUUAUGCCUUUGGCAUGUGCAUUCUGGAGAUGACCACAUCAGAGUACCCUUACUCAGAGUGUCAAAACGCUGCGCAGAUCUACCGCAAAGUCACCAGUGGCAUGAAGCCAGACAGUUUUUACAAAGUGGAAGUCCCUGAACUGAAAGAGAUCAUUGAAGGAUGCAUCCGAAUGAACAAAGACGAAAGGUACACUAUCCAGGACCUGUUAGAGCACACUUUCUUCCAGGAGAAUAAUGGUGUCCGUGUCGAAUUGGCUGAGGAGGAUGACAUGGUGAAGUCUGGCCUUAAACUCUGGCUUCGAAUGGAUGACACCAAGAAGCUCCACGGCAAGUAUAAAGACAACAAUGCCAUUGAGUUCCUGUUUGAACUCUACAAGGACGUCCCGGAAGAGGUGGCUCAGGAGAUGGUUGUUCUUGGCUUCGUCUGUGAGGCAGACUACAAACUGGUGGCCAAAGCCAUCCGUGACCGCGUUACUGCCAUCAAGCGCCAACGAGAGAAGCUCCGCCGACAAGCUGAAGAGGCGCAGAAGCGGCGACAGGAGGAGGUGAUUGAGGAGGAACCUGAACCUAUUCUUGAAGCCGAACCAUCAGUUUCUAACCCACCUGCUCCUAAGCCUCCUGUAGAGACGCCCGUUUCCACCCAAACUCAAGCUCCGCCCACUGUCACAGUGUCAGGCCCCAUUUUCCUGCCUGCAAACGAAUCUCUGGACUCUGGCUUCAAUGCCAGCUUUGCCACUGAACCCGAGGAGCCAGAUGCAGACCACCGGCAGUAUUUCAACAUACAUCACUCCAGCUACUCAUCAGCAACCUCUGACUGUGAGACGGAUGGAUAUCUCAGUUCUUCUGGGCUUCAGGAUCCUUCAGAAGCUCGAGUUCCUGUUGCAAACCAAGCCUCCAUGGCUCCACAACCAACCAGUGGAGCUCCUCAUGUGGAAACCCCAUCCACUGAAGCUCCACCCACUGAAGCCACACCCACUCCAGCUGCAGAGAUCCCAGCUCUCCGUUUCCCAUCAAGCAUUGCUGUGUCCCAAACCACAGAGAGGGCCCAGUCAGGAAGUGCCAGUGGUUUUUCCUCUCCUGUCGACAGCUACGCUUCUGAUGUCACCUCUGGUUUGAGUGAUGGAAACGAGGGUCUUUCGGAGAGAGGCGGGAAAAAUCAGAACAAACGCACAGGAACCAAGCUGCUCAGGAAGAGGGCUCGCUCACGGCUACGCAUCACUGGGCUGUCAGAUAAAGUGGAUCGGGUUGUGGAGUGUCAACUACAGACCCAUAACAGCAAGAUGGUGACAUUUAAAUUCGAUCUGGAUGGAGACAACCCAGAAGACAUUGCUGCAGUGAUGGUACAUAAUGAGUUUAUCCUACCUGGGGAGAGAGAGGGAUUCAUCCACCGCAUGAGGGACAUCAUCCGUCGAGCAGAGGCCCUGAUGAAAAGAGAGACUUUGGAGUCACUAGGCCCCAGAGACACCGCUCAUCUGCCUUAUCUGAGCGCCGUCGGCUCACUGUCUGCCUCACAGCCCAAUCUCAACACGCAGGGCCUCGCUCGCACACACUCCUCCUCCUCGUUGCCAGAUUAUGCUGCUGCCAGUAUAGGGCCAGUGACUCGGGGUUCCUCACCUUCACUGAGCACCGACUUUUAUGUUGAUCCCGAUGCCGUUCCCCCCGUCCGGCCCCUGCGUUCACAGUCCUUCCACACUACAGGUUCCUCUCAGACCUACCAGUCUUUUACACCCAACUUCCCACAGUACUCCCACCCUGAUGUCCUGCCACAUCUCCUGCCAAAUCAAAUGCCCCAUCAGCUCCCCAAACCACCUUAUGCUCACAACACCCACUUCGCCUACCCCUACCAAAUUGAUCACGCCUCCCUCAAGAGUCCCCUCAACCCAAGUCCGCUGACUCGCGUCCCCAGCAACCCAAACUUCUUCUCCUCAUCUUCGUCCUCUUCUGUUGUUUCACCGGUUCAGCAGUCCGUCGAGAUGCCAACUCAAGCUGAAACCAACAAUCUGCCACUUUCAGUUGGCCCUCCACCUGGUCCGCAAUCUGCAGGCAUGUGGCCACCGCCUUCCCAGCAGCCCCUUAUUUCACUGGCCAGUGUUCUUUCCAUGGCUAUGAACUUUGCACAGUCCUUUAUACCCCCUGGAUCCAUUCCUCAAGGUUUCCAUCCCCAAAUGACCCCUCAACCAAGGUAUGGCCCUAUGUAUCCAGCUCAGCAUGCGAGUAUGAACAACCCUGAGGCUCCAUACUACCAGGUGGCACAGAGCGGCCAGUAUAUGGAUAUGUAUCAAUAUCCUGAUGCUCAUACGCAGGUUCCAGCACCAGUUCCCGAACCUCUCGAAGGGGGCCAAACAGCAUCUCCAUCAGUAGUUCCUCUUAGGGAGCCAAGAACAGGCAUGGCCCCUGAGAUUAAACAGCCCAUAAACCCAAACCUAACAAACCAAAGCUCUUCUCCAGGGUCUAGAAGUAGCCCACUGGCAGAGAGCCAGUCUAACCCCAUUGGGCCGCUCAGAGAGCGGGCAGACAGUUCAGCAUCAAGCUCCCGCACCCCAUCCAGCACAAGCUCACCAGCGUCCUCUACAUCCCCAAGCCCACAAAACACUGUGUCCUCACCUGUCCCAAGGUCCUCCCCUACUCUAUCCAUCUAUCUGGCAGUGUCUGAAACGAAUACCACUGCAGCCAAAUCUAGACUCUCACCUAUAUCUGAAGAGAAAAAGUCUAUUGUCACAGUGGGUCGGUUCCAAGUCAGUCCAAGCAAGGAGAUCCCCAUUCCGACUCCCAGCCUGACGCCAACUCCCACCCCUACAGCUACGGCCACAUCCUUACCGACCCAAACAUGCCCUACAACAGUUCCCCAAGCCACACCCCCCACACACAACAGCCAAUCAGACAGCAGCACAGACAUACAGGCGGAAUCUGAAAGCAGUAACAGCUCCCUGAAUGAAUCCCCACCACUUAUCCAACCACCUAGUGAGGCUUUGUGCAGCUCAGUCAGUGCCCCCUUGUGGACUGGAGGACCUAAAACACCGGAGAGAAAAGUUGUAGAUCCAAAAGAGGGACGGGGAGGUGAAGAAGGGGAGGAGGAGACAGAAAGGAGGCGGAGGAGGAUAAGCGUAAGCUUGCUAGAAAGUUCAGCCGGGAGUCCUCAGAUCAAUCUCAAUCAGCCCUGGAUGAGCUACACACGCAGCGCGGCGUUCGCUAGCAGCGACGAGACAGAGAGUGAAGACGAGGAAAUGUAUGAGGAGCUACAGGAACUCAGAGAGAGACAUGUGGCAGAGGUUCAGGCUCUCCAGGCCUCUCAAAAGCAAGAGAUCGAGGAGCUCUACAAACAGAUGGGUAAAGUGCCCCCUCCAGGAAUCGUCUCUCCAGCGGCCAUGUUGUCCAGCCGCCAACGUCGUCUGUCUAAAAGUGGAGGGUACCCAAGCUCUCGCCGAAAUAGCCUGCAGAGACUGGACAUACUGCCCCCUACAGGUAUCAUGCGUAAGAACUCAGUGAGCGGCAGCAGCAGCGGGUCGCAGGAAAGAACCAGUAAAGGAGUGACCUUUUCCUCUGAUUUUAACAGAAUUUGAUUUCGUUUUCUUAGGAGCCCUUUGGCCUUCGUACUGCUCUCCUUAUGGACUGAAGUGACACCAUUUCUUCCCCUGAUGUGUGUGAGCACAUGUUUGUGUUGUCAGGAAAGGAGUUUGUGUGUUCUUCAGAGACUCUGAUGUGAAUAUUUUUAACCAGUAUACCUCUGUUCAGUAUUACAGGGAUGAUUUACUUACCAAGUGAGCUUUCUGAAGAGACAGGACACUUGAAAGCACAGACUUUAUGUAUAAAACACGGAGUUAUGGAGAAAUGGCCACUCGUUUGCAGCUGUAGCACCACUAGUGGUUGAAUGUAUUAAUUGCAAAUGUGUUUUCACUUAUUAGGCAGUCCAUGUGGUUGCCCUCUAUUUUUGUCAGUUAUAGAUCAACUGGUCAGUUAAUGUUUUAUUCCAAUUCCCAUAAAUUCUCGAAAGAAUCGGUACUGUAAGCAACUUUAUUUUCUCUUUUGCAAAAAUGCAAUGCAAUUCAAUACAUUCAGUCCUUAUAAAGACUUUUAGGCCCCACUGUAGGUUUGCUUUUAAAUUAACAGUAUAAUGUACAUAUUUGACAAGUUGUAAAAAUGUUUAUCAUGGAUUACAGCUCAUAUGCGACAUUGUUACUACAAUGUUUUUGCACUCUCAAUAAUUGCACAACAUAUUUUUCGGAACUCCCAUGACUCGCAGUAUUGACAUUGAUUUUAUUGCUUUUCCAUGAUACAGAUGCCUCAAACUGAUCUAAAAUUAAUGUAGAUGUUGUGAGUAUUCACAUCCAAAAAAAAACAUCAACGCUAAUAUUAAAAUAUUUAAAUGCACAGUCUAGUCUGGUUUAGAUAUUAUGCUAAAGUGACUGAAUAAAUUAAUUUCUGGAGGCAACAAUCUAUCCAAAGAGAUUAAAUGGGGGACAAUCACUUAAAUAAAUCAGCCUUCAGUUCAUUUAAUGUCCAUAAUGCCAUAUUUUUCUAAAUUGUAAAUUGUAAUGAUACAUUUUGUUGUCAUAUAGUAGGUACUGCUUGAGAAUUUAGUUCCUCCCGAUUAAAAAAAUUAGCAUACAGUGUGAUUUUGCUUUAUUUAAUGGCUUUUCAGCUUAUGGCUGCCUAAUGUUUUCUAGAUUUGAAACUUUUCUGUCUUGUUUGCUUUCCC